UACAGGGUCCAUCUGCAGCAAGGCGGUCGUGCCCUACAAACUGGAGAUCUGGACAUGGCGGAGCAGCACUUUGCGUCAGCACUGAAACUUGUCCAUCAAACAAAACCGACGCAACCAGGUGCAGAGGCACACUGUCUGCACAAGUUGGGAGACGUCUACAUCCAGCGGGGGAAGAGAACCGAAGACGGGGGAGACUUCACCAAAGCUGCUGCUCUCUACAACGCGGCAAUGGCCAGGUCUGAGGCGGGUGGUUUUAGAGACAUGCUCGCCCAAGCCCUCAAGCAGACCGAACAGUUCUUUCUACGGCAUGUAGGGGGCGUUGCUUGCGAAAUAGAUCAGUAUGACGUAGAUAUGGGCCACAAGAACGAGAUGAGGGAAACGAGGGGAAAAGUUACGGAAAGACUGGAAACUAUUGACCAACGCUACAAUCCCUACACACAUGAUCAAAAUGACCCUGAAGUGAGGAAUCUCGAGACGGCAAGAGCUACCGCAGUGAUGGAGCUCUUCCAAGAAAUAACACAUGACAGACAGACAUUUGUGGAUAGACUUAUUUCUGAGUGCAUUGGUCGCAUUGGCCCACCGCCAUGUAGGUAUGCCUUCAUUGGCUUGGGCUCACAAGCAACAGAACUAGUCACCCCAUUCUCCGAUCUAGAGUUUGCGAUUCUGCUCGAGGAAGAGGCAGACUCUGAACAUAAUAAACAAUAUUUCCGUAACCUAACACACUACUUACAUCUAAAGAUCAUUAACCUGGUCGAAACUAUCCUACCUGCAAUGGGAAUAAAAUCUCUCAACGAUUUCUACUCCGGUGAUCGUAAAAGUAGCUGAUCUAUGACUCCAUUACGACACGCGGAUUCGCCUUCGAUGGGUCGAUGCCGUGGGCAAGCAAAACGCCAUUCGGCAGACCGCGCACGAAAGACAAGCCUCCAUUGGAGCUAAUUCAAACCCCUGGUAACAUGGCGAAGUUUCAAGAGGUGGACAUCGCUGUAGCAGAGGGCUAUCACUUAGCUCGCAUCCUGCGAAGCGCGUGCCACAUGGCUGGCGACAUGGCUUUAGUCGAAGAGUAUAUGAACAUCAUGGCCCAGACCACUCAUCACGUAGACCCAGAUGGUAAUGUAGACAUUGGUCAUAUCACGACAAACAUCCGAGAAUUCGGCUCACAACAGCUAAGUGCACAGCUUUUAAGUGUAAAGAAAGAAAUAUAUCGCUUCCCUGCCAUGGUCAUUCAG